AUGGAGGCAUUCCGUUCUGCCGUCAUGCGCGAGGCUAAAAACUUUGAUAAUGUAAAGUUUGUCCAGUUACCGAGGGAACAAAAUGAAGAUGCCGAUCGGUUGGCAUGCAGUGCCUCGGGUUCUGGGGAGACAUUGGCAAGGGUGAUCCCAGUAGGAAUAUUGAACCAGCCAUCCAUCUUUGAAGAACCUUUAGGGUCAGAUCCUUGGCAGGUGAAUGUCAUUCCAUAUGAACCGAGCUGGAUAGAUCCGAUCAUAACUUAUGUACAGGAUGGCAUUAUGCCUGAACAAAGGGAUGAAGCUUGGAAGAUCAAGUCAAAUGCAGCGAAAUAUGCCAUAGUGCAUAACCAGUUGUACCAAAGAUCUUUUUCUGGCCAUGCUUAA